AUGACUGUGUGUAAAGUGCUUUUAUUCGGUUUAAAACCAUGUGAUAUAAGCAGCUGUACCAAUGAUAAAAUACUUGAAACAUCACUUCCACGACAACAUUCUUUAAGUCAACUCGAGAAUACGAAAGGAAAUUCAUCUUCAUUAGAUACUGAUUAUCUCAAUUUAGUUAUUAAACCUUUGGUAGCAACAAGUAAUUCACAUUCUUCGACAAGUAACGAUAUUGGUCAUGAAACAAGUCCAAUUCGUUUGAAGAUUUAUGAAACUCCUCAAGGACGUCAUCGUAUUUGUGUCUCACAAAUAUUAUUACGUACGCAUACUGGUGAUACGUAA